AUGAAAACCUUACUCUUCCUGUUCUGCUUAGCUACUGUAAAGAUUUCGACUAUCCGAGCCGCUCCAACAACUGAAGCUCCAGGAUCUGGUGCCGUAUUGACUGAUGAUGAACGUGCCUUUGCUGUCGACUAUCAUAACCAAUACAGACGUACUGUAGCUACAGGACAACAAGCUGCUGAGAAUGGAAACUUACCGGAAGCUGCCAACAUGUUUCAACUUGAGUACGAUACUGACGUUGAAGCUGCUGCUCAAGACUGGGCUAACAACUGCACUUUUGGAUAUCAAGGCUACAGUGGAGGUCAGAGCGUGCUUCUUUUAGAAAUAAGUAGUACUAGCGGUAUCAACAAUACCUAUUUCCUUCAAAGUGCUAUUGAUAACUGGUUUGAUGAAGUUGAAACUUUUAAUGUCAGUAGUGUCAGCAGUUAUGACGGAACCAGCACAAUGUUCACUCAAGUAAGAUUUUAGUUUUAAAUUGUAAAAUAACUUGUUUUUGAUAUAAAUUUAUUUUGAAGUUUUAUCAAGUUUCUUUCCAGAUCAUCUGGGGCAAUACCUACAGUGUCGGCUGUGGAGUAAAGCAAUGUUCAUCCUUUACCAACUUGGAUUCUACUUAUGACGGUGCUUUCUUGGUUGUCUGUAACUACCAAACUGCCGGUAACACGGAAGAUCAACCAAUCUACACUCAAGGUGACACCUGCUCCCAAUGUCCAGCUAACAGACUUUGUGAUGACUCAUUAUGUGCCAUCAACCCAGAUGCCACUACUGUGCUAACAACCACUGCCGUUCCUACCACAACUGAAGUUGCCGGAUCUGGUGCUGGAUUAUCUGAAGAUGAACGUACUUUUGUUGUUAAUUACCACAACAACUACCGACGUACUGUAGCUUUAGGACAACAAGAAGGCGAGAAUGGUACCUUGCCACAAGCAGCCAACAUGUAUGAGUUUACAUAUGAUACUAGUCUUGAAAACCUUGCCCAAGCCUGGGCUAACAAUUGCACUUUGGGAGGCGGUGGAUACGGUGCUGUAGGCCAAAACAGUGUUGUUUAUGGCUUUGGCGGUGAGCCCGGUAUUAACAAUACUUAUGUUUUGCAACUUUCGAUUGAUGGCUGGUUCAGUGAAGUCGAUUCCUUCAAUGUCAGCACGGUCGGCAACUAUCAAGGACAAAGCUCAACGUUUACUCAAGUAAGUCAUUAUUUACAGUUUUUGUAAACUUAUACUAAACUAAAUGUACAUUUAACUGUAAGGUAAUACCACAAACCAAAACUCAAAAAUCAUAAAACUUUGUUCUUAAGCUAUUUAAAUCCAUUUUAGAUGAUCUGGGCCACUACCUACAGUGUUGGAUGUGGAGUAAAGCAAUGCGCCACCUUCACCAACCUGGAUUCUGGUUGGGACAAUGGAUUCAUCAUUGUUUGUGAUUAUGAACUCGUUGGUAACAAUCAAGGCAUGCCAAUCUACAUUGAAGGUGACGCCUGUUCUCAAUGCCCAGAUGACAGAAUUUGUGACAAUGGAUUGUGUGCUAUGAAUCCCAACUCUACUGCUCAGCCAGGUGACGAUGAAUGUGAAGUUUGAUAUUGUGUAUGCUAUUUGGUUAUUCGAAUGACUUGUUAAAUUUCUGAAAGUUUGGAAAAUAAAUAACGGCAAACGAAGGAUUUUGUAAAAUAACUGAAUUUUGAAAAUAAUUAACAAAUUAAGCGUCAAAUUUAAGGGGAGCAGAACUCACAAGGGAAUGUUACAAACUGCCCAUUCGAUUUUUAAAAGUGAAUGGUACCAUGUGAAAGUGCGUAAAAAGUUGACUAGAAAUCUAUUUUCAAAAACUGCUAAUUUUGCCUUACAAGCCCGCUAGCGAGAUUUUAAAAUUUUUACUGUCAAAACUGAUUUUUUUGUCAGGAACAGCGGACUGCAACAAUUGAUUCGAUGAAUAAAUAAGGUUUUUCUGUUUUCGCUGCGAAAUAAUUUGUUUUUAGAUAGGAAACCGUGUUGUUUUUGGUUAUUUGGUCAAAAAGUGAGUAUAAUUUAUUGUUAUAUGUUAGUUUAGUCUUUUACCUUUAUUUUUAGCCUAGUUUUACACCUAAACUCGUUUUGGUUUGGGCUAUAACGCUCUAAAUUAUAAACUGAUAAAUUAUUUUAGCUUUUUCUUUAACUUACUUGUGUGUUUUUUAGGUAUAAAAUCUUUGUUACCUUAUUUUAGAUAUAAAAUUCUUUUUAGAACUUUUAAAAAGGACCAAAUUUUGAAAAAAAAACAUUGUUUUACUUUCAUUUGAUGUUGAAUUUUAGAAAAGAAUGGCAUUUCAUCUACCUCAACCUCCGCAAGCCGGUUGCUAUCAACAUGGCGAGUCGUAAUGAUAAACAAAAGUUGUCCGAAGCUUCCGAAAGCAACAUGUCAGCUAUGCCAUCGGUUGCCAGUGGUAAGAGUCGGCCCGUUCUGCCGUUACCGUGCAUUAGCUACGAAAAAGUCGCCGAACCGUCCUCAAAUUUGAUCGUCAAUGAAAAGUAAGUUAUAGUAGCUGGUUUAAUGGGAGAAGAAUUGAUUUUUAUAAAAUUUGUUGAUCUUUUUUAAAUUUGAGCGGUUUUAGAAGGAUUUAAAACUAUUUUUCCAGAGCCCGUCGUCGUAUGGCCCCCAGAAUCUCCAAAAAUAUGUUCGACACCUUGUUGUCGGUUGGUGAACCGCUUCGUAAUCGUUGGCUAAUCAAAGGACUGAUUGGAUCAGGAGGUUACGGUCAGAUUUUCUACGCUCAUGAUCAACGUUCCAAGGAGAAUGUAGCGAUCAAAGCGGAACCGACGAGACGACGUGGAAAAGUGGUUCGUCGUAUGAUUCUGGAGCAGAAAGUGCUGGUCAGGCUUCAGGGACAGCCUCAUGCACCCGUGAUUUUUGGAUCGGGAUGUGAAAAUGAAGUCAAUUUUAUUGUUAUGCAGCUUUUGUCCACUAAUUUGGGGGAUUUGAGAAAACAAUGUCCGUUGAAGAGGCUUUCUAAGCCUACGGCCGGGAGGGUCAUGAUGCAGGUAAGGCUUUUGAAACUUUGACAGCUUUAGGGUUGAUUUUUCCUUUAUAGGCUUAAGUUUGAUGGGCUAAGGUAAUGUAAAGUAGUAAACCUAAUCGAUUUACGCUUUUAACAAUAGCUUUUAAUUUUUGAAAUGUUCUGUAAAAUACGUUGCAUCUUCGUUUAAGUUCAAUAUUUUAGGCGCUUGCAGCUCUACGCGACUUACACAACAUUGGGUAUAUUCACCGAGAUAUCAAGCCAGCUAACGUUUGCUUCGGGAUUACUGAGCAGGUAAGUUAACAUAUUGCAAUAUCGUACUAUGGCUUGUAAAAUACGCUACCAAAACUUUUUUUAUUGUAUAGAAAGUGUUGCUAUAGCUAUAAAAAUUUGUUAAAAAAAUUUCAGGCCCGCCAACGUCUCCUUUUGGUCGAUUUUGGGUUAGUCCGCCGCUUCCGCACGGUCGAUGGUCAGCUUCGCCCAGCACGAGAACGAACCGGCUUCCGCGGUACUUUGCGCUACGUUUCAAUUCGAGUACACAAAAGAGAGGAACAAGGUCCGUCGGACGAUUUGAUGGCUUUAUAUUACUCAUUACUAGAAAUGAUCAAAGGCGAGUUACCAUGGAAGGAUCUGCAACGUCAAUCACACAUUAAAACGGCCAAAGAACAUUUGCGGAACGAUGAAUUCAUUCACAUCUCUGAAGGUUUUGGUGAAGCGUUGAGAGAGUUUGGGAAAGCUAUUUAUUCCAUGGAGGCUGAUGAUGAACCUAAUUACUCUUUGCUGCAGGUAGAUUUUGAUUUUUUAAUUUGAAAUUUUUUAAAAUUAAAAAAAAUUAUUUGUUAAUUUUUUUUUAAAUUUCAAAGUUUAUAUUAUCAAUUUUCAACCUUUCAGGACCUGAUGAAAGAAUUCUCGGGCAACGUGGCCAUGUCAGACCCAUACGACUGGGAGAACGACUACCUGGAUGUUGUGAACGAAGAGAAUAUUAAUCGAAUGCUCAAACUCAUCUUCUAA